AGGAUGGUCGAAAAGUUCAUUUUGCCGGAACCUUUGAAGAUUCGGAUGCGAAGAAACCUCGCCAAGUCAGAAAAAGACGGUCAGGAGGAACUUUAAGUGGUGACGACGAAAGAUCAAAUCUUGAAAAUGAUUUUAGGCUUCCAGAAAGGAGUAAGGUCAUGCGGGCAGGUGCUCGAAAGCGUAGUUACAGUUUCACUGAGGGUCACAUCAAGCACCCGGCCUCGGUCAAGCGGUGGAAGCUGGGCCGAGGUGGCGGAGGCCGAGGGCGGGGUGGCGGAGGUCCUCCGGCUAGUAACGUGCUUCCAUCCAAGUUCCUCCUUGGAGGGAAUAUUCAUGAUCCAUUAAACCUCAAUAGUCUUAGUGAUGAGAAAGUUGCUAGAUUAGUUAAUGCUGUGACACCGGAAUCAUCUCCUUUGCCUACUCCGAAACACAGGAAAGUUGAAUACAAGAUAGAGGUUCUUAUCCCACCAAACAUAUCAGACCCUCUCAACCUCAACGCUACAACAGAUGACGCUGAUUUCGCCGCUAAACUUAUUUCUCCCAUGACAAAGAAGAGAAAGGUUCGUCACCGGAAACGGCCGAAAAAACCGCUUCCGGUGCUUGAUCUGGCGCAGGUUCCAGGUCCAGUUCCGGCUGAUGUUUCAGGGGACGCAGACGUUUCGGAGUUAGAGGAGGAGGAUAAAGAUCUAGGAAUAAAACGAUUAAACGCUGAUAAAAAAUCAACUAGUAAUUCCAGUUCAGCGAAGGGAACUCAAGGAGAGAAAUCUAAAGAAAGUAAAGCAGAGGAUAAAAAAGAAGAUGGACGAAAGAAGGAUGCAUUGAGGUUUCAAUACGGGAACUAUAAUCAAUACUACGGGUAUAGAAACCCAGGACAAGCUCAAGAUGCAAGAAUUAAAUAUCUGAAAGAAGAAUGGUUCCAUGGUAAGCAGGUUCUUGAUAUUGGAUGCAACAUAGGUCACGUGACUAUAACAAUAGGGAAGAAGUUCUCCCCCUGUGGUAUUCUAGGAAUAGAUAUUGACAAGAAAUUAAUAAACGUGGCAAAGAAGAACAUUCGACAUUACAUGGAUACUAGACCAGACAAGAACACACGCUAUCCUAGGAAACCGCGUAGAAUGUUUGGGAAGCAGUUUGGACCAAUUAACCCGUUGGGUAUUAAUCCUGACGGAACAAAGAUCAAGGAAUUUCCUCACAAUGUUGAGUUUAUCUCUGGUGACUAUGUCCCACAGUCGGAACAACUUUUUGAAACCCUUCAUCAGUACGAUACAAUCCUUUGUCUCUCUACAACCAAGUGGAUACAUUUAAAUUACGGAGAUGAUGGACUAAAGAGAACUUUCAGGAAAAUAUAUGCUCAAUUAAAACAAGGAGGGAAACUGGUUUUAGAAGCUCAGAAUUUUUCCAACUACGGGAAAAGAAAGAAAUUGUCCGAGGCAAUUUUCAACAAUUACAAGGCGAUAAAAUUCCGUCCAGAGCAUUUUCGAGAAUUCUUACUCCACGAUGUUGGGUUCUCUAAAUGUGAGGUUAUAGCCGUUCCUUCCCACUCCAGUAGAGGGUUUCAGAGACCUUUACAAGUAUUUACUAAGAUGGGUGUGAGUGGGAAUAUAUCCGAGAGUACAACUCCGUGUUCAUUUGGAAUAUCCCCGCACUCCUACAACCCCGCCUUCACUCCAUUCUACGGGAAAUAUACUCCAGGCAGUGGAUAUACACCAAGAAACAGUCAGGCAAGUCAUGACGGAGAGGGGAAUAAGUCUCCUAGUGGAUCAUCUAGACCUCCCUCUACAUCAGAGUUUCUGUACCCUGGCCCCUCUCAUCUCUACAGUGGGCCAACUCCAGGAGGAUAUUCUGCCAAUUCUACCCCUAGUGGACUAACACCUGGAUAUUCAGGGAAUACCCCCCAAGGAGGUUACUCUGCUAACUCUACCCCUGGGGGUAGAACUCCUCAGUACUCCAGGGGGUAUUCUAAACCUCCAGUUUAUACAGGACCUUCCUCCGCCUUCUCAACCCCUGGAAACACUCUCUCUAGUCCCCUAUAUACAGGUUAUUCAUGCAACCUAUAACAGACUACAAGCAAC